UUAUUCAUUCAGUUAUUGAUUUAUUUAUUAAAUCUGAAUCAAUUGAAAAAGUUCGUCAAAUCUUAUUAUCAAUUGUUGAAACAACACGUAAAGAAGAUGGUUGUUUAAAAUAUAAAUUAUUUGAAAAUUUAUCUGAUCAUCGUCACUUUACAUUUAUUGGAGCAUGGGAAAAUGAAGAUGCAUUUGAUGAUCAUUUACAAUCUGAUCAUUUUCGUAAAGCAGAUUCUGAUAUAAAACAUGAUUUAAUUAAAUCAAUUGAUGUUAAACGUUAUAAAUAUAUACAAAAUGAUCCAACCAAAAUAGAACAAACAAAAACAAGU